AAAAUGGGGACAGAGCAAUAUACAAAAACUAACAUAUAGCGAUUCUAGUAAGACCUUACCUUGUUUAUUUCACUGUGACUGUAAUUAAAGGCAGCAAUGUGAAGCUAACGUCCACCAUCGUAAACCCAAGUGCCUGUCAUUGGGACUCACAAGCAGGAGAAGCAGGUCAUGCUACAGCUGUUAAGCUAGCUAACACGGAGAUAAUCUAGGUAAAGUGAGCUCGCACUCUGCCUCUAUUUAGUGAUAUCACAAAGGUUAAGAUUCUGUUCUCUGUCGCCUGUAAGUGCAUUUGUGUGCUCCGCUUUUUUGAAUUUAUUGGUUGGGGUGGAUUGUAAUUGCUUUUUAAAAUUGAAUAACACUUUGUAUUCCACCAUUUUGAAGCUGGUUGUUGAUGUAGGCUAGCUAUCGUAGAUCUAACAUUAGCUUCUUCUUUUUUGCUAGCCACAUACAGUGCUGUGUAUGUCUUUAAUUUACACUGUUGUGCCAAUUUAGGAAGUUGAAGAGGGACGUUGAAAAAAAAAAAGAGUAAAUAAUACCCUGGAUAAUCUGUAGGGUUCGGAUAGGGGUUUUCACCAUUUGUGUGUAUUCUGAAUUGGUCCUUUCAUAGAGUUUUUACUGUGGAGUGCUGCUCUUUACGAAAACACAAUCUUUGGCUGCUAUGUUCGUCGACGUAAAUUCGUGCUGGUGCACUGCUUUCAUGUAUACGUGAUUUGCCGCCAUCUAGAGAUAUUUCUCAUCAACUCAUACCGUCUGUGUACCAUGCACUAUUAUAACCCCGUGUCUGUUUUAUAAUGUUUGAAUUAACAAAUAAUCUGUACUGCUUUAUUUACGGCUGGCGGCAGGAAGGAUGCCGUUGUGUUGAGUAUUCUGCACUGCAGUGCAAAAGAUCAUGGGACUAUGCUGUUAAUGGUUCCUGUCCUAGUUUAAGUGUUUAAGAUGUUCUGUUAGUGUUUUCGUUAUGCAUUUAUGUUACCUGGGUUUUAGUCUUGAUUUAGUGUUAAUUUACAUUUGUUGGGUUAUCAUGAAUGAGACACUGGGGUAGGUUGAUGACAUCUGUGAACGUAAAUACACUACCUUAUGCUACUACUACUAGCUACUAGAUGUAUCUACCUCUGGCUCUUUGACUUCUUCCACUUAACUCGUUAUUACACUGUUAAUCGGCCGUUGGUUGUAAGGUUGUAAAAGUAUAGUUGUGUAAUGUCACUAAACGUCCUGAAUUUUCAUUUUAGUUUACUCAUGCAGUACACCUCCUAACCAAGGGGUGGCGGUAAGCCUUCACCCGACCUGCGCCAAAGCGUUUUGAGCGUUUAAAUGGUCUUUGUUUUGGGAGGAUUCCCAGCCCCCCGUCUCCUUAUUUGAAAAACUAAAGAACAAAAUGUAUGACAGGUAUGUUAGUUUGCUCAUAUACCCUUAUGUUUUGUUAAUGUAGAGGUCACUUGCGGUUUGAAGACAUCGGGGCUCGCUGUUAGCAAAGCCUUCCAUCUUCCUGUAACGUUAGCAGCGUCCAUCCGUCUUCUUUGUGCCAGCAAUGUACCGUAUGUGCUAUAAUCUCCACAUAGCUCACAUCUGCAGUUUGUAUUGAUGCAUUUGGCAGCAGAAUGAAUGUUAAUUUAUUCAAAUAAGUCAACAGUUAAGAUGGAAGAAAACCAGUAUACAUCAUUGACGGUUCCUACGGAUUAUUUUCAGCAGUGGUACCAGUCCAGCCAGCAGCACCCCGAGGCUCAGUAUGUGAUGCCGUAUCACAACACGGGCCAUUACACAGAAGGUCCCAGAGAUGAGCUCGUCAUGGCCGAGUUGUCUGUCCACCGCGAACCACCUGUAUACCAAGAACCUUUUUACCAGAACUAUAACCCCCCGGCCCAAAAUCACUACCAGGAGCUGACCUACCAGCCAAACGUCAGGGAGCAGCAGCAGCAGCAGCAGCAGCAGCAUCCUGCACACCUGCACCACCCUCAGCACCAACAUACAAUACAGCAGCAGGAGCCAAGUGUUCAGCACCAACCUCAGCCUGCUGGUCCACCUCAAGCUGUGACACCGGUGAAGAAGAAGAGAGGCCGGCCUCCUAAGCAGCAGGCGGAGGAGGGCAAGACACAGGAGGAGGAGAAUGAGAUUGAGGCGGCAAAAAAAGCCAAGAGGGCUCUCAACCGCUUCAACGGCAUGUCAGUGGCUGAGGUUAUGGCCAAAACCCUGCCAGACGUUAUAUCCUACAAUCUUGACAUUUUGAUAAUUGGAAUUAACCCAGGACUAUUGUCAGCCUUCAAAGGACGCCAUUAUCCAAACCCAGGAAACCAUUUCUGGAAAUGUCUGUUUCUUUCUGGUCUAACUGACGAGCAGCUCAACUACAUGCAUGACCAAAGCCUGCCGGAGAAAUAUAGCAUCGGCUUUACCAACAUGGUAGAGAGGACCACACCUGGUAGCAAGGACCUCUCUAGUAAGGAGAUUCGUGAAGGAGGUCGACAGUUACUUGACAAGCUGCAGAAAUACAAACCAUUAAUAGCAGCUUUUAAUGGAAAAGGUAUUUAUGAAAUAUUCUGCAAAGAAACCUUUGGUGUGAAGGCAAAGAAUCUCGACUUUGGUCUACAGCCUUACAAAAUCCCAGAAACUGAAACGGUGUGCUACUUGAUGCCGUCAUCAAGCCCCCGCUGUGCCCAGUUUCCCCGUGCACAGGAUAAGGUUCAUUUCUACAUCAAGCUGAAGGAACUGCGAGACCAGAUGAAAGGCCUGGCACCAAGGCCCGAGGUGGAAGAGACACAGUACUUGUUCGAUCUGCAGCUAGCUAAAGAGGAUGCUAAGAGGAUGGCAAUCAAAGAAGAGCAGGUGGAUCCAGAGUAUGAAAGCUGUAGUGGGCUGCAUGGGGAUGUAAAGCAAAGCAGCAACUCCUCCAACUAAAAGAGACAGAUGAGAGGAGAAGAAACAGGCCUGUCUGCUGUAGCACACAGGUAGUGUUGUUACCAUGUAGUUCUAAAUAUAUUUAGUUGGAACUAGAUGGAAUUGGACUUAGUUUCAGGUGCAUAUACCCUAACUGUAAAUAACUCUGAACCACUGUGACUGAUUACCAAAGCAAUUCAAAGAAGUCUGUUGAUUUUCAUACAACCAUGACAUGAAGUGAACCAAUGACCUCGACCAUACUGGAAGUAAAAAUAGAUUUGUCAGUCCGAAAAAAUUUUAAGGCACGCACUACAUUUUGGGUAACACUGCAUGCAGAAAACACCACAGGGCACCUUUUUAAGUGAACAUCAUUUGCAGUAAGUGACAGAAAACACAUUAAACGUUGCCAUGGUCCUUUUUUUUAAUAUCUUUUGGGUGAUUUCUAGAAAUAAAAUAAAUUGCUGAACUAUUCCAUCAUACUGGUUGAUGACUUAUAAAUGCCUUCUGCAAGCAGCACAAUCCAUCUGUUUGGUUUGUAUUGUGGUAUCUUGCAGAAAUGGACAUUGUAGGCCAUUCAGCGGACAACAUGAAAUGGAACCACUGCAGCUGGAGAGGUUCACUCAACAGAAACCAGAUAUCAGCUGUACUAGUAGCAUGAUGCAUCAAUGAGGGUAAGAAAUCCUCUGAUGACACCACAAGAAAAGAGGAGUCAUACAGUUUCCUGAGGCUUCGCAAUGUGACGCACAAGGGAGAAAGUGCCCACAACGGUUACAUUUUCUAACUCUCAAACAAACUGUGCAUGUUUUUGGUGUUCUUUUUUAUCACUAUUUAUUGCAUUUUGUAAGGUACGUGUCCAGUGACUUAUUUUUGUAUUUUGAAAGAAUGACAUUUUAUGAUUUAUCAGCUGUAUGAAAAGGGAAUUGUACUCUGGAAUUUCUAAUCUGUAAUUACAGAGUUAUUAAAUCUCUUCUAAAGCUGG